AUGCCAGUAACGUGUAGAACUGGCUGUGGUAGAAACGCAGUUUUGAAGAGACCGAAGACAGGCGAUGCUCUUUGUAAGGAAUGCUUUUACUGGGCUUUCGAAACAGAAAUCCAUUUUACGAUCACAAAAGGUGAACUAUUCAAUAAAGGAGAUUCUGUUGCAAUCGCUGCUUCCGGUGGAAAAGACUCCACAGUCCUGGCCCAUGUGAUGAAAACCCUAAACCAACGAUACGACUAUGGGCUAAACCUUAUGCUUCUUUCUAUCGAUGAAGGCAUCACGGGCUACCGCGACGACAGUCUCGAAACAGUAAAACAAAAUAGAGAUGAUUAUGAAAUGCCCCUAAAAAUUCUCUCGUACAAAGAUCUGUAUGGAUGGACCAUGGAUGAGAUAGUAGCACAAAUAGGAAGAAAGAAUAACUGCACAUUUUGUGGUGUGUUUAGAAGGCAAGCCUUGGAUAGAGGAGCUGCAUUACUAAAUGUUAAGUGCAUAGCAACUGGUCACAAUGCUGAUGAUAUUGCAGAAACAGUACUUAUGAAUGUACUUAGGGGGGACAUAGCCAGGUUGAAGAGGUGCACAGCGAUUACAACGGGCAGUGAAGGCACAAUACCAAGAGUAAAACCACUAAAGUAUACUUAUGAGAAGGAGAUUGUAAUGUAUGCCCAUUACAAGAAAUUGGUGUAUUUCUCCACUGAGUGUGUGUUUGCCCCUAAUGCCUAUAGAGGGCAUGCAAGAGCUUUACUAAAAGACAUGGAAAAAAUAAGACCCUCUUGUAUAAUGGAUAUAAUUUACUCAGGAGAAACAAUGGCUGUCAAAGAAGAAGUGACUUUACCAAAACAAGGUAUAUGUGUUCGGUGCAAAUUUGUUUCAUCACAAGAGGUCUGCAAGGCUUGUGUUUUGCUGGAAGGGCUUAACAAAGGCUUACCAAGGCUGGGUGUCGGCAAAAGUUCUAAAGCAAAGAAAAUGUUGGCAGAGUAUAAUGUGAAACAAGAACAGGAGAAAGCAGCUUUAGAAAAGGCUAUUGAAGAUUUAAAUGAUAGCACAAAUGAAGUUAUUAGCAAUAAGAUAUCAAAAUCUAAAUCCUGCAGGACAGGUAAAGGCAACAAUGAUGAAAUUGUAAAUAACGAAGAUAAGUGUAGUAAUAAGAAAUGUUGCUCAGGAAAAUGUAAAAGUAAUCAAAACAAUGAUGAUGAGAAAAGUAAAACUAAAAUAAAUUCAUUACUUGAGGAAUAUGGGUUAAAUGACACAAGUAAUGAUCAUAAAACAGAAAAUGGUAAUGGUGAUGUAUCAGUUAAUUCUGAUGAUGACGAUGGAGAAGUUUUAUUCAAUGAGCAAGAAGAGGAAAACUCAUGUGCUGGGGCUUGUGGGAAAAUGGGCUCAUUGCAGAUAGGUUUUUGAUAAAUAAAAUCUUUAGAUUAAUCACA